UUUUAAACUCAAAGACUAAAUUGACGAUUAAGCUUGGAUAACUAAGUGUUUAUGAGUGAGUCAAACUAAAAGGACCAAAAAAACUUAACAAGACAAAGUAAAUUCUUCAUAAAUAACACCAUUUAUUUAUCAUAAAAUUUUGCGUUCUAAUGAUUUCUUCAAGCAUGUCUGAGUUUUGUGGGAGGUUGAGGAGCAACCUAGUAAGAGUCUGCUAAUAGUAUCACACUGCAAGCAGGCAACAUUUGUUACCAUUUAUAUGCUUAUCAAAAUGACACAAGCUUAUCAAAAUGAGAUAAAAUGCAGGUGUAAUAUUUUAGUAUAGAAAAAAACAAUUUAUAAUGCAUAUCUUGUAUGAAUAAAUUCCAUGUCUUAUAAAGAAUAGUUGAAAGCAUAUUAUAUAAAGGCUACAGCAUUGGCGUGGAGCAGCAUUGCAAGGGAAAGCUUGAAAAUUCAUGAGAAAUACUUGUCAAUUAUAGACAUCUUCCUCUCUGCAAGCUUCUGAAACAAUUCCCAGUUCAGCUCCUCCUCUCCUGCAUCGGCAAUUCCUUUGCUUUCAGAAUCGUAAUUGGUGGCAGUGGAUGUGCCGAUGGAUUUGGAGUACGCAACAAGUGCUCAGAUGGACUUGGAAACAGUGGCGAUGGGGAUGGAGAAGCUAAGGGAAUUUUCACAAACACCUGUGCUGCAGUCGCAACAGCUCGGGUACUCCCUCUCGCCGGAGCUCUCCAAUACCGGAGCCUCUUCUUUCCCGACGCAGCUCCUGCUGAACUCCUCGGGCGAGGGGCUCUGCGAGAGGCCGUCGGUGGCGGACAUGCGGGAGAUGAUGUUCCGGAUGGCGGCGCUGCAGCCCAUCCAGAUCGACCCGGAUUCGGUCAAGCCGCCGAAGCGGCGUAACGUGCGGAUAUCGAAGGACCCGCAGAGCGUGGCCGCCCGCCACCGGAGGGAGCGGAUCAGCGAGCGGAUCAGGAUCCUGCAGCAGCUGGUGCCCGGUGGGACCAAGAUGGACACGGCGUCGAUGCUGGACGAGGCCAUCCACUACAUGAAGUUCCUGAAGAGCCAGGUGCAGUCGCUGGAGCGGGCGGCGGCCGCCGGCCGGACCACGGGCACCGCCGCAGGCUUCGCUAGCGCAGGCUCCUCGCACGUGAGCUACACGUGCUUCGAGGCCCCGGAUUUGGGAGCCCAAUUGCUCUUGAAUAAUUUGUCAGAUAUAAGCUAAUGGGCCCCAGCCCAAUCCGUCAUUGCUUACAUACUAUUGGAUCCGGGGGUGAAAUUAGUAGGUGUUAGAUGUUUAUCGUUGAGUUUAUUCGGUGCUAUCGUUUUUUAUUUUCAAUAAUAUAAAUUACUCUUAUAAUUUA